UAGACGCGAUGCAAUGUUCUCGCUCCAUCAGGACUAAACGGACGUGUUUAAUUUAAUUCUGAGAAGUGUUUUUUAUUUAGUCACAAUUUAAAAAAAUAAUUAUUUUAAAUAAUAAAAAAAAUAAAAGAGAUUCCUUAGUGACGGACAUUUAAGAUGUUUUUGUGUUUGGUGUUCUCCAGUCUCGUAUCUGGAGCACUAGCUUUGAACAAUGGACUAGCACUUACGCCACCUAUGGGUUGGCUUACUUGGCAAAGAUUUAUGUGCACAACGGACUGCCGAAAAUAUCCUCAGGAAUGCAUCAGUGAAAACUUAAUCAAACGAACAGCAGAUUUAAUGGUCCGCGAGGGUUAUCUCAGUGCUGGGUACAAUUACGUGGCGAUUGAUGAUUGCUGGUUGGAAAAGAAACGUGGACACGACGGACGGAUGGUGCCUGAUAGAGAACGGUUUCCAAGCGGGAUGAAGGCGCUCUCCGAUUAUAUCCACGAGCGUGGUUUAAAGUUCGGUAUAUACCAGGAUGGCGGUAAACUCACGUGCGCCGGAUAUCCGGGUGUCCUUGGCCAUGAGAAAUUGGAUAUUGAAACAUUUGUUAAAUGGGAGGUUGAUUAUCUUAAAUUGGACGGGUGUUACAUAGAACCAAAAGAUAUGGAAACAGUUUACACUAAAUUUGGAAAUAUGUUAAAUAAAACUGGUCGACCGAUUGUAUACUCAUGCAGUUGGCCUGCCUAUCAAGAAUUUGUUAAGACUGGGCCCAAUUACCCUGCAAUUGCCAAGCACUGUAAUUUAUGGAGGAACUGGGGUGACAUUGGGGACUCUUGGGCUACUAUGACCAAGAUCAUGAAUUGGUUUGGUGACCACCAAGACAAAAUAGCGAAACAUGCAGGACCGGGGCACUGGAAUGACCCAGAUAUGUUAUUGAUAGGAAACUUCGGGCUAUCGGUGGAUCAAGCACGGGUACAGAUGGCGGUAUGGUCGAUUCUGGCAGCACCGCUGCUUAUGAGCGUGGAUUUGGCUACUAUCAAACCAGAAUUCAAGGAAAUUCUUUUGAAUCGGGACAUCAUUGCUGUUAAUCAAGAUAAACUGGGGAAACAGGGCUUGAGGAUUUGGAAGAAGAAAGAUUCUGGUCCAAGGCAAGGUUUGGAGAUCUGGAAACGUAAACUCUCGGAUGGUUCGUAUGCUAUGGCCUUUGUGAGCUAUCGAGUUGAUGGAAUGCCUUAUACAGCAAAGUUCACUUUUAAAGAGAUGCAAUUGGCCAAUCGAUCUUUUUAUGUCCAGGAUCUAUAUAAAGAAGAAUCUGUUAAGUUACUUCAAGCUAAUCACGAGUUUGAAGUCAAGAUAAAUCCUUCCGGUGUAAAAUUUUACAAAUUCAUACCAAAGAAAUAAAGUAAUUAUGAAGAAGAAAAUUUUGAAUUAUUAUUAUAUAAAAGGCUACUGUUAAUAAUAAACAUUUUGCAAAAGUGA